AUGGCCACGAGUAGCUGGAUGCGGGCGCGGGAGGUCGAUAUGGGAAGGGAAGGUGCGCCCGGGCAGGAUGAAGGCCGCGCAGUCUGGGAGGAGCCAACGUCAACCGCCGGGCUGGGGUCCGCUAACCAUGACAAUUCCCGCUAUGCCGGAACCACGCCUACGACCAACUUUGAUCGUUUCACAGCUCGCUCCGUGAACAUGUGCACAAUGCAGUAUCAUCGUGGAGAGCAGGUACUCAGCGCAGCACAUGACGACGCAUCCGCUGCGAAUGAUUCAGGGGUUUCACGGCACCCACCAAAACCGCCUCGAUGCGCGGCCCACCACAUGCAGGACCAAUAUCGCAGGGGCACCCACCCAUAUUGCUUCACGCGCAAAUACCAAGAAUCCAGCAUCGCUUCGCAGACAUUCCACAACCAUAGCCCACGCCUUGCGCGGGAUGCGUGUCGCGUGCACACGGAACACAGUCUGGCAUUCCUAGAUUCAGCUGUCUGCGAACGCGAUGCCGACACCCCUGCGGCCGAGUGGAUCCUACCCCAGCGCUAA